AUGGCGAAUACUGAGUCAAUGGACCCCUGUGCGUCUUCAGGAACCGGCGAUGAGACUGUCGAUGUGUUUAGGCUUCCUACCAUCUUCCAUCCUGAUUACGUCGAGCACCACAUCGUCUUUUCUGACCGGCGUCGUAACAUCAGAAGGGGGAAAAAGCUGAAGAGAUGGAAAACAAUGCGCGAAAUUGGAAGGGGUGGUUUCGGCAUAGUAUAUCUUCAGGAGGAGGAGAAGUCCCAAAAGCUUCGUGCUGUGAAGCAGCUCCUUCGCCCUGCAAGUCAGGAAAGCUCGCUGAACCCUUUGCGGGAAUUGACGGCGAUGGCGACUUUGUCCAAGGAAUUGACCAAUUUUGUGGAGUUCCAAGGCUGGUAUCAGAAUGAGACCCAUCUGUAUAUCGCUAUGGAAUAUUUCGAAUUUGGUGAUCUCGGGCAAUGUGUUACUGCUCCACUUCCUGAAGGGGAAGCCCAAAGCAUUAUCUUCCAAGUGGCCGAGGCUUUGGAGUUUAUGCAUGAAAAGCACUUUACACAUCGAGAUCUUAAGCCCUCAGUAAGAAAGUUGGGUUCUCAAACCGGGACUUUGCUAAAUACUGGCCAGAAUAUCUUCGUUGUUCACCGAGACCCGGAACACUGGUGGAUCAAACUCGGAGAUCUAGGGGUCAGCAAAAAGGUUCUGGGAGGAAACACGUCGCUUCACACCAGUUUAACUGGCGAGUUUAUGGCGCCAGAGAUUUUGGGAUUCACUGAAGAAGCCUGUGAAUAUACUAAUGCCGUUGACAUGUGGUCUUUGGGUUGUCUUGCAAGCUGGCUACUGAUCCAACGGGUAUUGGUUGAUGUGUCCAAGAUGUUUCUGUUUUCUCGAGGCCGCUUCCCUUUACCGCUCGAUUUGCUGUCAUCGAAGUCUGUGAGUGAUCAUGGGCUCGAUUUCGUGGCAAAUCUUCUAGUAUAUCGGCCGGACCUAAGGAUGAGCGCACCAGCAGCCGUUCGACAUGAAUGGCUUCACUCGUCUUCUUCGAAUGACGGUCUGAUCGACGACACUAGCAGUGCUGCCUCCAGAGAUUCACUUGACCUGGCAAAGGCCACCUCGACUCGAAAUGAGCAGCCCAUUGCAAAGGAAUCGCCAGCGAAAACGAAUUCUGAGCCGGGUCUGGUAGGCGGCAAAAGGCGGCUCUGGGAAGGAACGCAGGCAUCGGAAUCCAAGGCCGAAGAUCUUCCCUCUAAAUCGCUCGAGCAGGGCCUCAAGCCGAAAGAAAUCAAUUCCUUCUUGUUUGAUGCCAAGGUGGAAGAGCAGAGAAGGAAGGAGGUGGAAAAGAGGGAACUGGCGGAAAAGGAUGAGUUUGAGACAAAGGUCAAGGAGAGAUUUAUGAAGCUGGUGAGCGCACAUCCCCAACUGAGAACGCUAUCUUUGCAAUACUAA